ACAACAAACACAGACCUUCCAUUCCCUUCUCCCCAUCUCCUUCUCCGCAUUCUAAGCAAAGCUCACGGCCAUCACCAUCAUCAUUACGAUCUCCCUCUCCUUUUCUUCUUUCACCUUUCAUAUAAGCAUUCUUAGAUAUUCCUCUCAGCCCACUUGAAGAAGCCUCACCCCUAGCUACCAGAUUUCUCGGAACGCCACCAAUGAUGAGGAAGCUGGAUCCUCCGGCAAAGAACAAUCCGACCAAUAACAACAUCAAUGGAGCCAGUAAGCUAAGGAAAGGAUUGUGGUCGCCGGAGGAGGAUGACAAGCUCAUGAGCUACAUGCUUAGAAAUGGGCAGGGGUGUUGGAGCGACGUCGCGAGGAACGCAGGCCUGCAGAGGUGUGGCAAGAGCUGCCGGCUCCGUUGGAUAAAUUACCUAAGGCCCGAUCUCAAGCGUGGCGCUUUCUCGCCCAAAGAAGAGGAGCUUAUCAUCCACUUGCAUUCUAUUCUUGGCAAUCGGUGGUCCCAAAUUGCAGCACGUUUGCCUGGCCGUACAGACAAUGAAAUAAAGAAUUUUUGGAACUCCACCAUUAAAAAGAGGCUGAAGAACUCAUCGUCGCCGUCUCCAAACGACAGCGGAUCUCCUGAACCUAAGGUUGGCAUGGGGGGCCUUGAAACCUUAAACGAACAAGAAAUCAAGACAAUGUGCAUCGAUUCAGCGUCUUCAUCAUCAUUUAUGCAAGGUUUGUCCAUAAGCAACCAGUACGAUCUAUUGCCUUUGCCCGAUGUCAGUUGUGGCAUGAAUAAUGGUCUAGGAACCAGCUACUUCCAUGAACCCACAUCCUUCCCACAGGUUGGCUUCGGAAAUGGGUAUUAUGGGAGUCAUGGUAUGAUGAUGGAGGGAGACCUCGUGGGAGGAGGAGGAGGAUGUGAGCUCUUUGUACCUCCUUUAGAGAGUACAAAUAUAGAGGAGAGUGGCACUAGUAAUAAUACUACAAGAAAUAUAAGUGACCCCCACCACAGCAGCAAUAAUGAUGCGAAUAAGAUUAAUAGUGAUAAUGCUGUUGGGAGUGGGAUAUAUUGGCAGGGUGGAAACAUGAAGAUGGAGGAGUGGGACUUUGAGGACUUGAUGAAAGAUGUGACUUCUUUUCCUUUCCUUGAUUUCCAAGCCGAAUGAUUGGGCAUUCCAAGGAUAUAAGCUCUCAUGGUUCUUCUCUUUUCCUUCCUCAAAUAAAGAUUGGCCCUUCUUCUCUCUCUCUCCCACCAUUCAAAAUGAUGUCCAAAUUACAUCCUCUAUGUUGUAGGUUCCCAGGUUGCUCAAAUUUUCGAACGCUUAGAAGCUUCUUGGUUCCCCAAUGAAGUCCAUACCAAUAAAGGUCCGGAAAAUUUUGAUUAUGGAUGAUCCUGAAUUUUCUAAAGCUCUCUCUCCAUUGUCAGCACCUCUUUGCCUUGAGAAUGAAGUUAUUAUGAUAAUAACAUGGUGUUGGGAGGUUGAAGGGGCAUUUUCUUAAAGGAAAAUCUUCAUGAUUGAACAGAAUAUUAGUAGUUGACGUUCCAACAAAGGUUGCAUCAAAGUCGUUACAAGGUGUAAUUAGACGUGUACAAAAGGAAACAUGGGGAGUGGAAAGCAUCGGAAGAGCACAUAUACCUCUGUAAUUUAUAGUGGAUCAUGAGCUCUCUCUCUCUCUCUCUUUCUCUCUCUCUUUCUGUCUCUUCUCUCUUUCAUAUGCACCAAUGUAUAUAAAAUAUGCAGCUCCUCAUAAAGGAAAGGUAGUUUUGUUGAA